AUGGUACUUACUCUGCAAGCUGCCUUCCAGCAUAAGGCUAUGGACUAUGGCCUUUACUACUUCCUCUGCAGCCUCAUAAGUGGAAACUUUGUUGGGGUUUUGCAUGAAAUGCAGGAAAAGAAAUUGCAAACCAAGAUGGAGGUUGACAUGAUGUUGAAUGAGAAACUGAAAACGAUUGAUGAUGCAAUUACGAAGAAGAAGAUGAUUAUGGAUGGACACCCUGUGGUUCCACUUACGCCUGCAGAAAAAAUGGUCGCAUAUGACUGUGCUUUCACCUUGUGCACGCGGAAGAGGGACUACAGCAGCAUGGUAUACGAGAAGUAUACCAACUGUUUAAGUGAGAGAAUUCAAGAGAGGGUACUUCCUGGGUUGAUGGCCAAAAAUGGUACAGAACUUUUAACCGAAAUCACGCGAUUAUGGUCGGAGUAUGGGGAAUUUGCAAGCUUUUUGUCAAAAAUCUUUGCAUACUUGGAUAGAUUCUACAUCCCUAGGAGAGGACUUCUAUCACUAGCUGACUCUAUGAGAUAUUACUUCCGCAAUCUGGUCUGUGAUAAGCUGUUUAGCAAAUUGCAGGAAGCAAUGAUGAGACUGAUCAUUCACGAGCGUGAAGGGGGGCAGAUUGAUAGGAACCUGCUAAAGACUGCCUUUUAUUUCUUUCUAGAGGUGGAAGAGAAAGGAACCACCCACUAUUAUGAAAAAAUUGAGCAGAUAAUGCUUGCAGAAGUUGCUGCCUACUACACUCAGCUGUCUUUAGAGUGGUGGUUCUGGCGCGACACCUUUUCUAAUUAUCUGCGGAAGGUCGAUUGGUGCUUGAACCAGGAGGAAUCCAGAGCAGAAAUCUACCCACUUCAGACUACAAAAACAAAAUUACUGGAGGUGAUGAAAUAUGUUUUGCUAGAAAGAAACGCAAAGAAGUGGGGUCAGAAGCAAAACACCGAGGGGUUGGCAGCUGGAGAUCAGUAUCGCAGAAGUGAUGUCUGCGCUUUUGGGGUUUGCAAAGGAAUAAGAAAUCCACAGCUUGUGGGCUUUAGGGUACCAGGUGAGGCACAGAAGAUUGAUCAAAUCAUGGAGAAGUUUUCCAAACGUUACUGCAAAUGUAAUCCAAAAGUUUUUAGUAGUGCUGACACAGCCUAUGCCCUUGCUUACUCUGUGAUAAUGCGACAAACCAAGAUGGAGGUUGACAUGAUGUUGAAUGAGAAACUGAAAACGAUUGAUGAUGCAAUUACGAAGAAGAAGAUGAUUAUGGAUGGACACCCUGUGGUUCCACUUACGCCUGCAGAAAAAAUGGUCGCAUAUGACUGUGUUUACACUUUGUUAAUGCGGAAGCAGAGCGACUACUGCAGCCUGGUAUACGAGAAGUAUACGAACUGUUUAAGUGAGAGAAUUCAAGAGAGGGUACUUCCUGGGUUGAUGGCCAAAAAUGGUACAGAACUUUUAACCGAAGUCACGCGAUUAUGGUCGGAGUAUAGGGAAUUUGCAAGCUUUUUGUUAAAAAUCUUUGAAUGCUUGGAUAGAUUCUACAUCCGUAGGAGAGGACUUCUAUCACUAGCUGACACUAUGAGAUAUUACUUCCGCAAUCUGGUCUGUGAUAAGCUGUUUAGCAAAUUGCAGGAAGCAAUGAUGAGACUGAUCAUUCACGAGCGUGAAGGGGGGCAGAUUGAUAGGAACCUGCUAAAGACUGCCUUUUAUUUCUUUCUAGAGGUGGAAGAGAAAGGAACCACCCACUAUUAUGAAAAAAUUGAGCAGAUAAUGCUUGCAGAAGUUGCUGCCUACUACACUCAGCUGUCUUUAGAGUGGUGGUUCUGGCGCGACACCUUUUCUAAUUAUCUGCGGAAGGUCGAUUGGUGCUUGAACCAGGAGGAAUCCAGAGCAGAAAUCUACCCACUUCAGACUACAAAAACAAAAUUACUGGAGGUGAUGAAAUAUGUUUUGCUAGAAAGAAACGCAAAGAAGUGGGGUCAGAAGCAAAACACCGAGGGGUUGGCAGCUGGAGAUCAGGAUAGCUCUGCUGUCUUGGCUGCCAGUAUCGCAGAAGUGAUGUCUGCGCUUUUGGGGUUUGCAAAGGAAUAA